AGUGAGUGUCUUCUGGGAUGAAGUACUACAGACUUACUGAUGUUUCUGAGGUGCUUACUGCCUCCAUCAGGGAACAUGGAAAUAUUCGAUUACGACUGCGUAAUGAUGAAAAUGAGGAUCCACCUGAAACUUAUCAGCCAGAACAAAGUCGAUACUCGAAGCCUAUUUGUAAUGUAAUCAAAUUGCCCACAUAUGCUGCACUUGUGGUGUUCAUUAUUGGAGUACUGCUGUAUGGGCUUGCAUAUGCUUUACAUUACAGGCUGCCUACACCUUUGUCUCUCAAAGACAUAGGGUCCCACCCUGAUCAGUUCAUUGCAGAAAGAUCCUUGAACCAUUUACGCCAGAUAGCAGGCUAUGGUUCAAAACCAGUCGGCAGCUAUGAGAAUGAGAUUCUUGCAGUUGAAUUUCUUACACGUGAAAUAAGUUUCAUCAUGCAGCGAGCAAGUCCUGAUCAGAGAAUUUCUUUUGAUAUCCAGAAGUGUACUGGUUCAUACCCUUUGGCAUAUAAGCCAUAUGGGUUUACAAAUUAUUAUUCACAGGUUCAGAAUCUUCUAGUUAAAUUGAGCUCCAAUGCAAACUCAUCAUCAAGUCUUCUAAUCAAUUGCCACUUUGAUUCUGUACCAACUAGCCCAGGUGGUAGUGAUGAUGGUUUAAAUUGUGCAGUAAUGUUGGAAGUUCUGGAAAUACUUUCUCGGUCCAAGACACCUCUCAAACACAAUGUCAUAUUCCUAUUCAAUGGAGCUGAAGAAAGUCCACUACAGGCUUCCCAUGGGUUUAUCACGCAACAUAAAUGGGCGCAUGAAGUUAAGGCCUUCAUAAAUUUGGAGGCCUGUGGUGCUGGAGGUAGGGAAACAUUGUUCCAGGCUGGCCCCAAUCACCCGUGGCUCAUACAGAUGUAUGCAGAUUCAGUGCCACAUCCACAUGGUCAUGUUUUGGGUGAAGACAUUUUCCAGAGUGGUUUAGUCCCAUCAGAUACAGAUUACAGAAUAUUCAGAGACUUUGGGAAAAUUCCAGGCCUAGACUUUGCUCAUGCAAUGAAUGGCUAUGUGUACCACACUAGGUAUGAUAAUCUUCAUGCAAUUCCUACUGGGACAUUGCAGCACACAGGAGAUAACUUGCUGGCACUUACUAAGCGCAUAGCUUCAUCUGAUAUUUUAAGCAACCCACAGGAGUAUGCAGCAGGAAGAACUGUGUAUUUUGAUGUUUUGGGACUCUUCAUGGUCAGCUAUUCAGAGACGGCAGGCAUUAUUUUAAAUGUCUUUAUAGUUGUGUUGUCUGUGUACACAGUUACAAAGAAUAUCCACACUAUCAAGUCAGGUCCAGGAUUGAAUCAUACUGGUUACUUAAAGUUAUUUCUAUUGAGCUGUGUAAUACCAGCGGUGGGAUGGCUGCUAGCAUUUGUAAAUGUACUACUAGUGGCAUUGAUCCUUGACCUGUUCAGUAGUUCAAUGAGUUGGUUCACAAGACCAGGCCUUGUAUUCAGCCUGUACUACUGCCCUGUUCUUGUUUGCUGUAUGGUGUUCCCAUUGCUGCUUCAAAAGUACAUUAAUAAACAGUCUCCUUUCGUUCUUGGUGUGCAAUGUCGGCUAUAUGUGAACGGUGUUCAGUGUCUGUGGACCAUAUUGCUGUUAGCAGGGACCAUCAGUGGCAUCCGAUCAACAUUUGUAUUCAUGAUUCUUGUGUUGUUUCCCACACUCAGCAGUUUAAUGCUCAAUCUGUCUCGCUGGAGAAAUAAUUUGUAUAUGUGGUUGACUGUGUACAUCUCCAGUACACUACCAUCAGUUAUUUUUUUCUUGUACCAUACAGUAAUGGGAUUUGGCUUCUUUAUACCCAUCACUGGAAGAAUAGGGCCUGUUAAAAAUCCAGAUUUCAUAAUUGGAAUCCUUUCAGCUCUUCUGUGUAUUUUGUCAACAAGUUAUGUGACACCCCUGAUCAUAUUAGUGAGGAGGCCUUGGCAGGUCAUGGCAGGUGCAUUUGGACUCCACUUGCUGACCAUCUUGUUAGUAAUUCUCACACCACUGGGGUUUCCAUAUAGUGCCAAUCCUUCUGCACCAACACCACAGAGGAUCUAUGUUUUCCAUACAGAACGAAUGUUCCAUGAUCUCUUGGGACAUGUUCGAUUCCAAGAUUCAGGGUACUGGCUUGUGAACUUGGAUCGACACAGUCCCCAUAGUGUCUGGUCACUGAUUCCUGAAGUUGCUGAAGCUCAGCCAGUAGGAUCCACAUGUGAAGAGCAGCUCAUGGGUGGUUUUCCAGUUUUCUCGCCUCGUGUUAUCGAAAUAUGUGAAUUCACACAUUGGAUUCCAGCUUCACCCCCUGUGUUUCAUCGUCCAACUAAUUUGGAACUUGCAUCUGAGCAGAAUGUCUCCCAGACAACCACAAGAUUAACUUUCCACAUACAAGGUCCAGAUCACAUGAGUGUCCUGUUAGCACCAUCUGUGAAACUUAUAAACUGGAGCUUUGAUGCAGUAAUCACUGAAAGUGGUUAUAAAUGGGAAAAUAAAUCUGUUUACUUCAUAAAUUAUGCUCAAGGCUUGACUGGAAUUCCAUUUGAAUUCUGGAUUGACUUGGAGGUUACCAAAGGUCCACCUAGUUUGCGCCUGGAUAUUGCAGUAAUUGGUCAAUACAUUAACAGUCAUGAGUACAUUUCAGAAGGUUUUAAAACAUUCCUGAGGAAAUACCCUGACUGGGCACAUGUAACUGCUUGGGCUGCAACUUACAAAGCAUGGAAGUUCUAAUUGUCAUUAACACUUCAUUAUAGAAGUGAUUGUUACAUUCUUAUAAAAAUCUGGGACAGUAUGAAUCAAACUAUGCACUCAAGCUAGGUAUGUAUUCACAGAUUUCAUAACACAUACAUACUGGAACUUUUUAAGAUCUUGGUUUGCACAAUCCAGUGUAUGCAACAAGUUUGUUUUGGUAUGAAUUAUCAACAUGAUUUAACUUUUUUUGCUUUCAGCAGCACAUAAUGGGAAUCAUUCAAGGCAACAGUGAAAAAGAAAGAUCAUUGAUAAUUAUAUACAAAUAAAGAAAAUUUUUGAUAGGAUGCACUCUUGAUUCUGCAAACCAUUGAUUAAGUGUUGUAACUUCAGUUUUAUAUACUGCCAUCAGUUUCAGUGACAUGCCUGAGAGAAAUGUGAAUAAUGACAAAUGGAAAACAGUUACUGAAGACUUUCAUGCAUUUUCUUCUGGGUUCUUAUAUUUGUUGAAAAGUUAGGUUAGGAUGCAACUUGACUUCACUCACCCGGUAGUUACCAGUUUCUCCGAGCUGUGACAAAACUGGGCUGUUCCGAGUGAGCUGAAGUCCAGUUACCGGUGUAAAGGUAAGGUGCAGGGGAGUCACUGGGGUGGAAAUGGCCUGGUGUCCCAAGCGGGAUUGCAUACACCCGCUACGUACAGCAUACCAGUCAAGAGAGACCAUUACCCGAAAAUGAGAAUGUAAUGAUAUGGGAUUAGUGUCCUAAUUUUGCAGUUCCCAAGUCUCAAUUACCAUAAUAAUUUUAAUGUGUCAACGUUAUACAUUAAUCUGAUCAUUUGGUGCACCAUAAAAAUUCACUGUAUCCUAAUGUUAUCAGACCAGUCUAAUUACAUUCUUCAUGCACAUUUGAAUGUACUAUGUUCUGAUGUGAAGGACAUGACAAUGAGAGGUGAUAUUUCUGUGUGAAGUUCUGUUUUCCAGUUAGAUUCAUAGUGUUGAAACUUGAAUGUAAUAUUAACCCAGUCUUAGUGGUAUAGGGUAUUUUAAAGUGUUUAUGUUGUAAAUAUAUGUAUAUAUUCUUGCUUUCAGGCAA